UUCCAUUAUCAUCGGUGCAUCAUUGCAGUACACAAUAAUAUCAAAUUUAAUUUCAUAAUUCAGAGUUUUGAAUCCACCUUCUGCAGUGUCUGAUCGACUUGACUACACAAUCUGCAAAAAAUUUAAUCUAAUAUUUCGUAAUGAAGUUAGAAGACUUUAUUUCUUAAAGCUUUCAAUCUUGUUGAAAAUUUCAACGAAUGUGUUGGUUUUUAAGUUGAAUUCAAUCAUAUAUUAUGUACAGUUGAUCUACUGAUGAUGUAUUGUUUAGUGUAUCAUUAAAAAAAUAACUUCCGAUAUGGCAGAUAAUUCGAGUAAGACUAUCAUUGUAUAUACUUAAAGUUGAUCACUUCCUUAGUUCAUAGCGUGCAGUUAUCAAUUUAAUGAAAAAUACAAAAGCGUUAUUCUUAGUAUUCACUGUGAUAUGGUCAUAUGAACUGAGUUCCUUUUCGAGAUGGAUGACGAUGUUGAUAUAGAUGGAAUGCUGCAUUUGGUGGGUGAUUUCAGCAGGUAUCAGUUUCUCCUAUUGGUCCUUUUCAGUAUAAUCAACGUGCUGUCUGGAUUCCAUUAUUUUGGACAAACUUUUAUAAGUGUCUUCCCAGAUUACAAGUGUAAUUCGUCCAUAUUCAAUGAUACUAUUAGUAAUUCGGUACACAUUGGUGCAUGUGAUAUCAAAAUAUACGAGGAGGAUCGUAUACAAGAAAUACCCUGCACAGAAGGCUGGAGUUACAACAGCCAAUACAACUAUAUCAGCAUCAUACAAGAGUUCAAUUGGAUUUGUGGUCUUGAAUGGAUUCCGGCACUAGGACAAUCAGUGUUCUUUAUUGGCUCAGUUGUUGGCAGCUUGAUAUUUGGUGUUUUGGCAGAUAAAAUAGGAAGACUUCAUUGCCUUGUUGCAUCACAUACCAUAUUAUGCAUCGGAAAUAUAUUUACAGUGUUUUCCAAAGAUCCAAUAUGUUUUAUUAUGAGCAGAUUUAUAGCUGGAGGGGCCACAGAUACGAAUUUCGUCAUGAUGUAUAUCAUUGUUAUGGAGUACAUCCGACCUAAGAUGCGAACUCUUGGCCUCAAUCUAACAAUUGGAGUUUUUUACUGUCUGUCCUGCAUGACUGUCCCUUGGGUAGCAGUUUCUUUGGGAAACUGGUGGCUGUUCCUUUUAGUGAUCUCGCUGCCCAAUCUUUUAAUUAUCUCGUUCUACCUGUAUGUCCCCGAAAGUGCUCAGUGGCUCAUUAGUAAAGGGCGAACCGAGGAGGCCAUCAAGUGUUUCAAGGAAAUUGCCAAGUAUAACAGGAGAGAGAUUCCACCGAAAUCUAUAGAUUCUCUGAAGCAAUAUUGCGAGAAGCACGUCGACAACGCAAAGGGAAAGCACGAAAAUCUACUGGGUCUGUUAAGAACUCCCAAGCUGAGAAAAAAAACAUUGAUUCUAAUCUUCAAAUCGAUGGUAAUGACGCUCUGCUACGAUGCCAUAUCACGCAACGUAAAUGGUCUAGGUUUUUCGCCAUUUUUAGUCUUCAGUAUAACAUCUUCAACUAUCCUACCAUCCUGCAUUUUCAUCUUGAUAACUCAAGAUAGAAUAGGAAGGAAAGCUUUAGCAAGCGGAGCCUUGUUCUUGAGUGGUAUCUUCACCAUAUCCUCUGGCAUUUUUCAAGCUUCUAUGGAUAAACCUCAACCUUUAAUCAUAUUAGCUUUGGCUAUAAUAUCCAGACUUUCUGUCAACGUGGCAUACAACUCUGGAGCUCAGUAUGCUGUAGAGUUGAUACCAGUUGUGGUGAGAGGUCAAGGUGUAUCAGCUAUACAUGUUGCAGGAUAUGCUGCUAGCUUCUUCAGUUCACAAAUUCUUCUAUUAAGCACCAUUUGGAGGCCAUCGCCUGAUGCUAUCCUGGGAACUCUGCUCAUACUAGGAGCAGUUGCUUGUCUUUUUCUACCAGAAACUUUAAACAAGGUCCUUCCAGUUACUUUGGAGGAUGGAGAGUUAUUUGGAGAAGGAGAGGGCAUAUUCGAAUUUUCAUUCUUCAAAAAACCCAAGAGUGUAAGCACAACAGAAUUAGUAGAGUGAGCAAUUUUAUCUUAAAUCAUGGGAAAAUAUAUCUAUAUUCAUUUUAAUCCAGACAAUAUCACAAUGAAGAAAAUAUAUAACGAAAAACAUCUUUUUAUUCAUACUUAACUGUAAUUGAUUUAUAUUCAAUGCAGCCUAAAUGAAUUUCUCCUUUAGAGCUCGAUUCAUAUCUACAAAAAAUCUAGAGAAUAAAGGAGGUUCAAAAAAUAAUGUGUUUCAUUUAAUUUGAUAGUGCUCUCAAAGUUGCAAACACAAGUUGUGAGAUUUUUUAUUGAUUGUUCAUCACAUGAACUACCAAGUUAAUUUUUAAGGGGGAAAUCAAAUUACUCAUUUUUUCGUACAUAAGAAUUUAUUAUCGCUUAACAUACUAACAGUCUUUCACAUAUAUUUGUAUAUAAUUAAUAAAUGAUAAACAAGUUUCACAAAAACAUCAGUUAUUUAAUUCAAUACUCCUCUACAAGUGAUAGAUUCAAGCCUAUUAAGGUACCUGUUGGUUUUUUGAACAUUUAUACGUUUUCAUUUACGCGGUGAAGUUUUUGUAUUGAAUAAUAAAUUUCCGUUAAUGAAAAUUGAUGAAGUUAUUAUUAAUCGUUAUCGUAUGUUUGUUCAUUAAAGAGCACAGUUAGAUAAUUCAAUACGAGAGGGAGCCCCAUAUUGAUUAACACUGUCUCAGGGGAAAUUCGUACGGAAAAGAAAUGUUACGAAAUUAAGUUUCAAUUAGUUUUGUAUUUAUUUGAAUAACUUAGGUGAGAGAGGUAAAACAAUAAUGUAUUUCAACAUCACAAUAGGAAAAACGGGAAGUUUCAAGGAUAAAGUCAAGUUUUGAGUAGUCACAACACGAACUUGCAAUAAACAUCGAUAAAAAAAUAAAUGCAUAAACAUAAAUACGGAAAUG